AGCUCAGUUUGAGAACUCUCCGAGCGCUGUGCCCGCGUCCUGACCCCGCAGCUCUCCGCCCCGCCGGGACUGGGCAAAGAUCCGGGGUGACAGUGGGCUGACGACGGCUCCAGGGACCCUUGGAGCAAAGUAAGGAGCGCACCGGACCACCAUGCCGCGUUCGUUCCUGGUCAAGAGCAAAAAGGCUCACAGUUAUCACCAGCCGCGCUCCCCGGGACCGGACUAUUCCCUCCGCCUGGAGAAUGUUCCGGCGCCGAGCCGAGCAGACAGCACCUUGAGCGCAGGCGGGGCGAAGGCGGAGUCCAGGGACCGUUCGUCCCCGGAGUCGCAGCUGACCGAGGCCCCCGACAGAGCCUCGGCCUCGCCAGGCAGCGGCGAGGGCAGCAUCUGCGACCGGAGCUCGGAGUUUGAGGAUUUCUGGAGGCCUCCUUCGCCUUCGGUGUCUCCAGCCUCGGAGAAGUCGGUGUGCCCGUCGCUGGACGAAGCCCAGCCCUUCCCCCUGUCCUUCAAGCCGUACUCCUGGAGCAGCCUGGCGAGCUCUGACCUGCGGCACCUGGUGCAGAGCUACCGGCCGUGCGCGGCCCUGGAGCGCGGCGGGCUGGGCCUCUUCUGCGAGCGCACCCCGGAGCCCGGCCACCCCGCCGCCCUGUACGGGCCCGAGCGGGCUGUGGGCGGCGCGGGGGCCGGGCGCCCGGGGGCGGCAGCGCGGGCGGCGGCGCCGCGGGCGGCCGGGCCUGGGCUCUACGGCGACUUCGGGCCCGCGGCCGCGGGGCUGUACGAGCGGCCGGCGGCGGCGGCCGGCGGGCUCUACCCGGAGCGCGGCCACGCGCUCCACGCGGACAAGGGCGCCGGCGUCAAGGUGGAGUCGGAGCUGCUGUGCACCCGCCUGCUGCUGGGCGGCGGCUCCUACAAGUGCAUCAAAUGCAGCAAGGUGUUCUCCACGCCGCACGGGCUCGAGGUGCACGUGCGCAGGUCCCACAGCGGCACCAGACCCUUCGCGUGCGAGAUGUGCGGCAAGACCUUCGGGCACGCGGUGAGCCUGGAGCAGCACAAAGCCGUGCACUCGCAGGAACGGAGUUUUGACUGUAAGAUCUGUGGCAAGAGCUUUAAAAGGUCCUCUACUCUGUCCACCCACUUGCUCAUCCACUCAGACACCCGGCCCUACCCCUGUCAGUACUGUGGCAAGAGGUUCCACCAGAAGUCAGACAUGAAGAAACACACCUUCAUUCACACUGGUGAAAAACCCCACAAGUGCCAGGUGUGUGGCAAAGCAUUCAGUCAGAGCUCCAACCUCAUCACCCACAGCCGUAAACACACAGGCUUCAAGCCCUUUGGCUGCGAUCUGUGUGGGAAGGGCUUCCAGAGGAAGGUGGACCUCAGACGGCACCGGGAGACACAGCAUGGGCUCAAAUGAGUGCCUUGCAGGGCCUCAAGCUGCGGCUACACAACACUACAGAGGGCAUCCACCCCACUUGCACCACCCACUUCAGUCUCUCAGGUCCCCUAUUUCAGUCUGCUGAUCCCUCUAGGGUGACACCCUCAUCUUCCUUCCUGGAACUGCCAGGGGGAUAAGUUACCUUUUCGAAGUUCAACCUGAAGUGGAAUCAAAUGACUCACUGGGAUUUGGAUACAUGGAAUAAUUUCCUGUACAUCUGAAGACUAGAAGUCAAGAGGGGAUCAGAAAAAAUCUUCCUAUUCCCCGCCUUGCUCCACAGACAGGAAAGUCCUUGAGGGUUUUUCCCUCCUCCUCCUCACCUACUCCAGGCACUUGUGUGGAAGAAGAGGAAUCGCCAUUUGCAAGGUAGACAGACUUAUGCUAAUGUUUUUAUCUAGAAUGAAGAAUGAGUGGGGUUUUUUUUGUUUUUGUUUUUUACUUCUGGGGAGUCUGUUGACCCUUUUCUGUUGGGUGCUACCUGUAAAUCUUGGAGAAAUCAUUUCUCCCGAGUGAAGACUGGUUCAGAAAUGUCAUUGGGGGGAGUUUUAUACUUUUGAAAAUACGUGCUACACCAUUGAGCCUGCCUCAAGAAAGAGCAGAAGAAAAAUGAACUUGGAGAUGAGCGAUCCGAGGUCUGUGAAAGCUUCUACAGAGGAGGUGGAAUCAGAAGGCAAUGCCUUGGAUGAGCUGUCAGCCAUUCCCUCAGUAGCUGUGUGAUGACCAUCAGCUACUAUGGUCCCAAGCCCCUGUGCUAGGUACAGGGAACCCCUACACCUCCUGCCCUUCAAAAGCUGACAGUUGUACCUCCAGUGGCUGGGUCUGUUCUUUCCCUUUAAGGAAACUCUGAGAAGACAAAAUGGGAAUCUCUCUUGAACAUUCCCUUCUCACCCAUUUGGAUUUUAUCAUGCCUGAACAAAAAAUAGCUGAACAGAUACUUCAAAGAUUCAUGUGUAUAUUCAGUGUUUUAUUAAGCUGAUAUUUUUAAGAUGUCUAAGUUAGCAGGCAAUUGUAUGAGGGAAAAUGUGGCAUUUUUACCAUAGUGAGGUUUGUAAAUGUUUUUAGAUCUUUGGGAGUGCAUUACGUUUGUUAAUACAUAUUUAUUAGAUUGAUGUUUUAAAUUAAUAAAGUAU